AACUUCUCCUGUAAAGCGCCCACCAUCUCCCGAACUUUCGCCUCUACGUCGUCGGAGCCGGCGCCGAGACCUCCUUCCUUUACAUUAUGUCACUCUCAAUAUGCAUCACCAGCCGCCAUCGGAAGCCACUCAGAGAAGAUCAAUGAGAGGACUGGAGACGGAACGCGAUUUUCGUGGAGUUUGCGGCGGUUGUUGAUAGGUGGAGAGGAAAGACGGCGGGAAAUUUGGAACAGCUCCGUUGAUUUUCAAUCGGGAUGUCGUUUCAGAUUAACCCUAAUCUCACCUUCCUAAAUAAACCAACUUGGCUCCCCAAGAAGGAAAGGAAAUGGCUUCUGAAUCUUUGUUCAGCGUCGGCAAAACUGUUCUUGAGAAGCUGGGUCCUCUUGUUCAACAGGAGGCUGCACUGCUGUGGAACCUUCGAACCGAACUCAAGAAGCUGGAAGCCACAGUGACAGCCAUUCAAGCGCUUCUGCUUGAUGCAGAGGAGCAGCAGGCACACCGUCACCAGGUCAAAGAUUGGCUCGAGAAGCUUUCGGUCUUAUUAUACGAUGCAGAGGAUCUACUUGAUGAUGUAGCUACUGAAGCUCUCAGAAAGGAAGUGCGUGGUGGUGAUGAUCAUGAUCACUGCAGCAGCAGGAUCCAAUGCUGGAGUGCGGUAUGCUUUCUUUUCAUCACCCUUCCGAACAGCUUGCUUUAUGGUCUAAAAAUGGCUCACAGAAUCAAGAGUCUUAGGGAGCAGUUGGAUGCCAUACAUGCUGAUAACACCACAUUGCACCUGAAUCCUCGUUUUGAAGAGAAAGGUAAAAUGAAGAAGCAUUCCCAUUCCAUUUCUUCCAUCCCCGACAUAUUCGUCGGUAGAGAUGAUGACUUAGAGCAGAUGAAGGAACUUCUUCUGCUGCCUGAUAAUUAUACUAUUAGUAGUCGUAAUGUCUCUGUGGUUUCCGUAGUUGGGAUGGGAGGGAUGGGUAAAACCGCACUUGCUCAGCUCAUCUACAACGAUAGGCAAGUCAAGGAGCAUUUUAAGUUGAGAUUGUGGGCAUGUGCGUCGGGCUCCUUCGAGGUCGAAGUGAUCCUCCAAAAGAUUCUAGAGUUAGCCACUGGAGAGAAGAGACAGGGUCUUCUGCUUGAGACACUGAUAAAUCUCCUUUUGGGACACAUCAGUGAGAAAAGGUACUUCCUUGUGCUUGAUGAUAUAUGGAACUUUAGUUUAGAGGAGUGGGAUAAGUUGAGAUCUGUGCUCAAGGGUGGUGCUGUUGGAAGCAAGAUCUUGGUCACCACUCGGUUUGAAAAGUUUGCAAGGAUGAUGAGCCGUGGUUCUUCUCAGCCACCGUAUGUCUUGAGAGGUCUAUCUUCCCCACAGUCAUGGUCAUUGUUUUGGCAAGUUGUAUGCGUCAGUGAACACCAAUUAGCUUAUAAGGAGGAACCACUUAACAUAGCUAGUGUGGAAGAGAUUCAAGUUGAGAUCUUUAAGAAGUCUAUGGGGGUACCGUUAGCUGUGAAAACGAUAGCAAACGUGUUGUCUUUUAAAGAUCCUCAAACUGAGUGGUUGCCCAUCCUUAGAUCUGAUAAACUUUUAGUUGCUGAACACGAGGAUGGCAUACUCAAUAACUUAAAGCUGAGCUAUGACUAUCUUCCCUCCCAUUUGAAACAUUGCUUUGCAGUUUGUAGUCUGUUUCCCAAAGAUUACGAGAUUCCUGUUGAACACCUCAUCAGUAUUUGGGUCGUACUAGGGAUUAUUAAUUCAUCAACACCUAAUGAUUCUCAACAAAGUUUAGUUGAUUUGGGUCUCCAAUGUUUCAUGGAUUUGGCAUGGAGGUCAUUUUUUCAAGAUAUAAAAGGAGACUUUUCUAAGAACUUAAGCUCUUGUAAAAUGCAUGAUUUGAUACAUGACCUUGCAGCCUCAGUAGUUGGGUCUAGUUUUAAGCAAAUAGAUGAUCCAAAGGAUGAAGUCAGUGAAAAUACUUAUCAUAUCUCGUUGAACCACGGUCUGUGGUACCCUUCAAAACUAGUAGCCCACCUGAGUAGAGCCAAACGGCUGAGAACGUUUUGUUCCCAGUAUUUGAAUUGGUACCAUUUGGGCACGAGUUGGGAUGACUCCACUUUCAAAGCAUUUGUUUCAAAUUUUGGGAGUUUACGGGUACUUGAUUUUAUGAACUGCGGGAUGGAAAUGGUGCCCCAUCACAUCCAAGUAUUAAAACAUCUCAGAUAUUUGUGUCUUGCACACAACGAGCAGAUGACCAAGCUACCAAAUUCCAUCACCACGCUUGUAAACUUACAAGUGCUUAUACUUUCUCACUGCAAAAGCCUCCAAGAGUUGCCAAAAGAUAUUAGCAAACUCGUAAACCUAUGGGUCCUUGAUUGCAACAACUGUUGGUCCUUAACCCAUAUGCCAGCUGGGCUAGGUGAACUGACUCGUCUUCAAACAUUGCCAUGGUUUGUGUUGGGGAAGGAUAGUUCCUCUUCUAAGCAUGUAGGUGGGUUGAAUGAACUGAGUAGGCUUCACAACUUGAGAGGAGCACUCGAGAUAGUGAAUCUGGGACGACUUCGGGGAAGAACAAUAUCGUCAUCACCACCGUCACUGGCAUCUAAGAUUGGAGCCACCGCAAAUUUGAAGGGGAUGCCCCACCUUGAUUCGUUGUUACUACCUUAUGAGGAAAAAGAAGACAGCAGAGGAGAAGAAUGCUUGAAGGGAUCAAAGGAAGAUGUUGAAUGGGAUGAAAGCUUACUGGAAAGCCUACAGCCCCACUCGAACCUACGAACUUUCAUGAUGUCUGGAUACAGAGGAGGGAGAUCUCCUAGUUGGAUCUCUACUCUCACUAACCUAGUCACCUUCACUUUAGGAAAUUCUAAAUUGCAUCAUGGUUUGCACCAUUUGCAAGGAUUACCAAACCUUCAAAAGCUUUGCUUGGCUAGAUUGAUUGAGUUAGACUACAUGGAUGAAGAUGAAGAAGAACCAGAAGACGGCAGAAGCUUACUCAAACCAUUCUUCCCUUCACUAGAGGAACUACAGUUGAUUUGUUGUCACAAGCUAAAAGGGUGGCGAAGGAAGUCAUCCCAAUUCCCUAAACUUUCUACACUGCUGGUACAGUGUUGCCCUCUCCUGACAUCGAUGCCAUUAUUCCCAACACUUGACAAGGAGCUAAAAUUGGAGGCCACUAGCCUAUUACCCUUUCUAUGCACAAUGAACAACUCUGUGUCGUCAUCAGGACAUACUGCACCAUCGAGUUCAUCAUCAGCACCACAUCCUCUGUCCAGACUGAAGAAAUUGCAUAUCUUUAACAUUCAUCAUCCUCCGACAGAGUGGCUGCAGGGUAUGCAACACCUCUCUUUUUUGCAAGAGAUUGUGAUCAAUAACGUUUCAGGGCUGAAGGCAACUUUGGAUUGGCACAACAUCAGCCACGUUUCCAGUAUCAAAAUUGAUGAAUGCUACAUUAAACGAGAUGGCGAGUUUGUAUUAGAUACCAGCUUCUCCCGAAGAAUAAAGGCAAUCUCUAAGGCAGUGGCAAAAGGGAACGCCAGGCAGUUUCCAAGGUUCAUUGUGAUUAGUUUUUGUCAGUUUUUUUUUUUUUUUUUUUUUUUGUGUGUGAUUAUCUUCUCUGCCUGACUGAGUUUACUUAUGCAUGCUCACGUUUGAGAUCAAGUUGAACAUAUUGUGC